AUGUUUGCUGCAGAUGCCACGUGUAAGCCGAAGACCAAGCUAGACCCACUAGGUACUGGUGCAACGCAGGCUGCUCCUAGGCCUUCCAACCGCCACCAAUACACGCACACGUUCCACAACAGUAUGAGAAGCGGCGCUGCCAAACAAGAUUCUCUCAUGCGAAAGCAGCGGAAAAAGAAUAGCGACGCCCUCACAGCUCAGCCUGUUGUGAAAGCCACCCCCGAUGACACUUCUGCGGAAAGCGACGCGGUAGACGAAACCGCGUAUCGCCCGCGACCGCAGCUGCCCAGACCGCACGUUCACAUGCGCAGUUUAGCAAGUCUGAUGAAGGAUCUGGACAGCGGUAAUAUUGAUAUUAACCCGGAAUAUCAACGAGGAGUUGAGUGGCCAGCGGACCGCAUGACAGGCCUGAUAGACUCUUUGAUGGAGAAUUACUAUAUUCCCCCCAUCAUUUUGAACAAGAAGACAAGCCCUGUUCUAAAUGACGGGAACCCGCGCGACAUCCUUGUAUGUGUGGAUGGUAAGCAGCGCCUCUCUUCUGUUCAAGCUUUUGUAAAAGGAAUUAUUCCCUGUCAUGAUCACAGAGGAGAUAAAUGGUGGUUUUGCGACACCGCAGAAAUCAAGCACACAAGGGUGCUACCCGAAGAGACACAGAAGAUUUUUCUGAACAAAGACUUUAUCACGUUCCAGUUUUCAAAAAUUACGCUGGGUCAAGAGGAGGACUUGUUUUCUAGGGUCCAGAUGGGCAUCCAACUCACUGCAGCCGAGAAGAUACGAGCAAAGUCUGGGCCGUGGCAGGAACUAGCGAAGCUUUUUGUGGAAGAUUUCCCCGCCGUCUAUGGCUUGCUGAAAGACCGAACCCGCGCAAAGGACUUCCAACUCACUCUGUCAUGCUUCAAUCAGAUUCAUGAGGUCUUGAGUGCCACAAGUGAGGUACCAGCCUUCAAAGCAAAUCAUGCCGCGCUUCCGAAACUGCUUAACAACACGGCAGGUGUCGACGAUGCAACUAAAUCCCUUCUUGCAGGCGUUUGGACCACGUUUAGUGAUCUCGUGGGACUAAAUACUGAUAUCUUCACCAAUGCAAGCGGGUAUUUACGUGGUGUGCAGACAUUUGCACCAGUGGAGAUGCUAGGUGUUACCGUCCUGCUCGCGAAAUACUCUGAAACAAGGCAUCAUGCCCUGCUUUUAGAAGACAUCAAAUCUUUCCGCAUAAUACUUCGCGAGCACUUCUCAGACCUUCGCCUGAAGCGGCCAACUUGGAAAUUUGUCUGGGAGUUCAUCGCCGACUUGGAGGCUAUCCGCGGUACCGAUGGCACUGCUAUUGCCCCCACUCUGCAGGAGCAGCCGUCAACUUCUACCACGGUAGUUUCGAGCUCAGUUUUGCCAGCACAGGCAGUUCAAUCGUCUCAAACAAACUCAAAUUUGCAGGUGCCUUCCAAUAAACGAGUAGCUCCUGAGACUAUAUCGGAGGACAUCUUUCCACAACAAAAUUUGGCUGUCAUCCAAAAUGGCGUAUUGCCACUUACACUGCCACUGAAACGACAGCGAUCUGACUCGAACUCAUUCGACCUGCCAGUGCAGCAUGGUAAAUUCCAGAGGGAAAAUGGUGCCAUGUUACCAACUUCCAACCACGUGGCUUCAGCUCAAAGGCACAUGAUUCUUGAAGCAUCGGCUACAAAGCCCUUCUCGACUCAAACGGCAUCCAGCUUUCCAUCGCACUUUCCACCUACAGUGCCAGUGUCACAGUCAAGUUCGACACAGUCAAGCUUGUUAGCAUCUUUCGCCUCAAAAACGAAAGCAAAUGCAAUUUCAGCUUAUUCCAUAGCUUCAGCUACAGCUGCCUCUACAAGUCAAGGUCCCUUUGCGGCUCUCCAUACAGAAGAAGACAUAGAGGGCGUCAUUGUACCCGCAUCACCACAAAUGCCUCUCCAAGCUAAGUCUCUUGCUCCAACAACAACGCAGGCAGUGGCGUCUCCUUCCGCAGGCUCACCUAACUCCUUAGUACCUCCAAGAUCCAACACUAGAAAGCGCAAACCUGUCUCCCGCCUGACACUUGAACAGAUUAACGGGGCGAUCGACCUUACUAGCGACACAUGA